AUGGUGGGACUCAAACCCUCAGAUGUUCCUCCUCCACUGGGGGUGAAGAUGGCGAGUGCCGGGGCUGCAGCCUGUGUGGCCGACCUGAUCACGUUCCCUCUGGACACGGCCAAAGUCAGACUGCAGAUUCAAGGAGAGAAGAAGGGAGUGGAGGGGAUCCGCUACAGAGGGGUGUUCGGGACGAUCAGCACCAUGGUCCGGACCGAGGGGCCGCGGUCUCUGUACAACGGGCUGGUGGCCGGGCUGCAGAGGCAGACCUGCUUCGCCUCCAUCAGGAUCGGCCUCUACGACAACGUCAAAAACUUCUACACUGGUGGCACAGACCAGGCCAGUAUUUUGGUGCGGAUCCUGGCCGGCUGCACCACAGGCGCCAUGGCGGUGUCGUUUGCUCAACCCACCGAUGUGGUGAAGGUUCGGUUCCAGGCGCAGGUGAACCUGGACGGCGUGGCCCGGCGCUACACGGGCACCAUGCAGGCCUACAAACACAUCUUCCAGAACGAGGGCAUGCGGGGACUCUGGAAAGGCACACUACCCAACAUCACCAGAAAUGCGUUAGUGAACUGCACGGAGCUGGUUACAUAUGACCUGAUCAAAGAGGCCAUCCUCAAACACAACCUGCUGUCAGAUAAUCUGCCCUGCCACUUUGUUUCUGCGUUUGGUGCCGGCUUUGUCACCACAGUGAUCGCCUCCCCUGUGGAUGUGGUGAAAACCAGAUAUAUGAACUCACCCCCAGGCCUAUACAAAAGCGCCAUCAACUGUUCCUGGAUCAUGAUGACUAAAGAGGGGCCGUCGGCUUUCUAUAAAGGAUUUGUGCCCUCAUUUCUGAGGCUGGGAUCGUGGAACGUAGUAAUGUUUGUCACAUUUGAGCAAAUCAAGAGAGCUAUGAUGGUCACGAAGAAGCGGUACGAGGAAGGAAAUUGAGAUUCCUGUGAAAAGUUUGAAAUUCGGGAAAUGACUUGGAACCUCGAUGAAGAAAUUGCAUUUUUUAUAUUCUUUUUUGUCUUUUGGUGACAAAGAAGAAAAUCCUUUGUUGAAAAAGGAAUAUUUGACUUCAUGUUGAACUGAUGUAUAAACAAAAUGCAGUUCCAUCUUUAUAUUUAUAAUUUUCCUAAUUAACCCAUUUGAAAUUAAAUGGGGCUCAAGGGUAACUCCCCUUUAAGAAGUUUACACUUUAAAACCCCCUUGUUGUCUUCG